UGUACCAACCACCUUCUCAAGUUGUAGCGGUCGCUCGCCGGGGGUUCUCCGUGGGCGGCCGGCGGGCGCCUGGGGGAGGGGGUUCGGACCGCGCCGCGCUACGAGCGAGUGCGUGCGCGCCGAGAUUCGGGGCUGCAGGUCACCCACGGUCCCCGGCGAUGAGGGGCCGGCGCUGACAGGGAAGAGAGGGCACCGCGGCUGUGGCUCCGAGCGGACCCGCGAUGGCAGCGCCCUGGGAGGAGGCUCCAGGCAGGGCGGACGGCGCUGGCAGCGGCCGCUGAGGUGCUAGCCGGCCGGCCGGCGGGCCACCAGGACUGAAGGGACGAGAAGCGCGCUCAGCGUGCGCACCGCUGCGCCCUCACCUCAGUUGUCCAAACUUCAGGCUCCCUUCCACCCGCCCUUCGCGACCGGAGUCAACAACUUCUUCACCCCCCUCCGCCCCCGCCCUUCCCUCGGCCACCCCGGGAGUUCGCCGCGCGACCGGGACCGACCAGGCACCUCCGGCGCGGACAUGUGGCCGUGAAGCGUUGUCGGGCGGCGAGGAGAAGCUCGGCGGUGCCGGGAGCGGGAGGGCGGUGUGGCCGGGGGCGCAGGGGCGCCAGCUCUCCACGCCGCUCCCCCGCCUCCCCCUCCUGCCGCUGCCGCCGCCCGUGCGGUGCGAGCAGCAGCCGGAGCUGCCAAGCGCCAACGCCGCGGAGAUGUCGUCGUCGUCGUCGUCGCCGCCGCCGGUGGCGGGGGCUGCCAGCGCCGCCAUCUCGGCCUCGGAGAAAGUGGACGGCUUCACCCGGAAAUCGGUGCGCAAGGCGCAGAGGCAAAAGCGCUCCCAGGGCUCGUCGCAGUUCCGCAGCCAGGGCAGCCAGGUGGAGCUGCACCCCUUGCCCCAGCUCAAAGAUGCCACUUCAAAUGAACAACAAGAGCUUUUCUGUCAGAAGUUACAGCAGUGUUGUAUACUGUUUGAUUUCAUGGACUCUGUUUCAGACUUGAAGAGCAAAGAAAUUAAAAGAGCAACACUGAAUGAACUGGUUGAGUAUGUUUCAACUAACCGUGGUGUAAUUGUUGAAUCAGCGUAUUCUGAUAUAGUAAAAAUGAUCAGUGCUAACAUCUUCCGUACUCUUCCUCCAAGUGAUAAUCCAGAUUUUGAUCCAGAAGAGGAUGAACCCACACUUGAGGCCUCUUGGCCUCAUAUACAAUUGGUGUAUGAGUUCUUCCUGAGAUUUUUGGAGAGUCCUGAUUUCCAACCUAGCAUUGCAAAGCGAUACAUUGAUCAGAAAUUUGUACAACAGCUCCUGGAGCUUUUUGAUAGUGAAGAUCCCAGAGAACGUGACUUCCUGAAGACUGUGCUGCACCGAAUUUAUGGGAAGUUUCUUGGAUUAAGAGCAUUCAUCAGAAAACAAAUUAACAACAUUUUUCUCAGGUUCAUUUAUGAGACAGAGCACUUCAACGGCGUUGCUGAGCUUCUUGAGAUUCUUGGAAGUAUUAUCAAUGGCUUUGCAUUGCCACUGAAAGCAGAACAUAAACAAUUUCUAAUGAAGGUUCUUAUUCCUAUGCAUACUGCAAAAGGAUUAGCUUUGUUUCAUGCUCAGCUAGCAUACUGUGUUGUACAGUUCCUGGAGAAAGAUACAACCCUGACAGAACCAGUGAUUAGAGGACUGCUGAAAUUUUGGCCGAAAACAUGCAGUCAGAAAGAGGUGAUGUUUUUAGGAGAAAUUGAAGAAAUCUUAGAUGUCAUUGAACCAACACAGUUUAAAAAAAUUGAAGAGCCACUUUUUAAGCAGAUAUCCAAGUGUGUCUCCAGUUCCCAUUUUCAGGUUGCAGAAAGAGCACUGUACUUCUGGAAUAAUGAAUAUAUUCUUAGUUUGAUUGAAGAGAAUAUUGAUAAAAUUCUGCCAAUUAUGUUUGCCAGUUUGUACAAAAUUUCCAAAGAACACUGGAAUCAAACCAUUGUAGCACUGGUGUACAAUGUGCUGAAAACCCUAAUGGAGAUGAAUGGCAAGCUUUUCGAUGACCUUACUAGCUCAUACAAAGCUGAAAGGCAGAGAGAAAAGAAGAAGGAAUUGGAACGUGAAGAAUUAUGGAAAAAACUAGAGGAGCUGAAGCUAAAGAAGGCUCUAGAAAAACAGCACAGCCCUUACAACAUGCACAGUAUUCUCAGCAAUACAAGUGCCGAAUAGCACAGCCUGCCACCUCUGCUGGAUAGGCACAGUUUUGUAUACUUUUUUUUGAAAUAUGUAAAAACUGCAGAGCCAACCUCAUCAGUGUAAUGUAAUUGAAAGGCCAAUUUUUUUCCUGGCAACUCUUAAGUGACGGACUAAACCUAGCCCUGUGCUAUGUCAUGGCCACAGUGUAUUGUAACCCGGGUCUAAUCAUUGACUUAUUGUGUCACUUCUGAAGUUUCACAGAAAUGAAUUUUAUCAUCUGUGAACUGAGUAAGAUAAUUGAGGGAGUGGUAAGAAUUAUGACUUGAAUUCUUUUUUGAUUUUGUUGCACAUAGAUCAAGUAGCCGCUCUGUAUAUUUUUUUCCCUUUUAUAAAGUGCUUUUCACACUGCUGCAGACCUUAGUUAUAUCUGAGAAACAAAAGGAUACUUCCUAAAGUACAGCUAAGGUGUCAUCCUUACCCUUCCCUUUGUUUCUCGCAGGAACAGUGGUGGGAUUCCCUGCCCCAAGCCCACCCUCAUUAAUGAUCUUACUGUACUCUGGAAUUUAAGCAGAACCUUAAAUCUCCAGGCCUUUAAAGCACAAAAUAAAAGCUGGGAAAGUAAACCAACAGUCUUCAGGUUGUUCCUCAUGAAUACAGUACCCCCUUCAUUAGCAGCACCCCAGAGUACAGACCCGGGUUAGUAGCUAGCAACAGCCCAGGUGAACACUGGGCUUGCCUCUCAGUUCAUUCCUCCUCCUCCUCCCAAAGGCUGGAGGCAGGGCCUUUCCAGUCCUCACGACCCAUCCUUCCCCCAGGCCUUCCUGACCCGGGCAAGGCUUUGAGUCCCACAGUGUGGUGAGGCAGAUUGCUAGUUGUCACUGCCUGGCUUUAUUUAAAGGAAAUGCAGUAGGCUGUUUCUGUAGCGUUCUGAAAAAGUUGACUACAUAGAAGUCUUGUAUGUUUUUACCUGGUCAAGUAUUUCUCACAUCUUUUUAUCAGAGUACCAUUCCAACCUCUUACCUUGCAGUUGUGUGGAAAACUGUUUUAUAAUGAAAGAUCUUCACUGGGGGAUUGAGCAGCGUUUAAUAAAGUCUAUGUUUGUAUUUUG